GGCAUAAACUUGCGCGUGAAAGAGAGAGAAAGAGAGGCGCUUCACGUGCUCACUCCCUCUCUCCCUCACUCACUCACUCCACUACGCCAGACACAGACGCCACAGGCACAGCAGCCAUGGGCUCUGUUUCCCUCAAGAUCGGCGACGGCACCGCUCGAUUCCGCCGCGCGACACUUUGCUCCUCCGCCCUCCACCUCAUCAUGCUCGCCUCCGUUCUCACCACCAACCUCUUUGCUCUCUACGCCUUCACCUCCUCCCCCUCUUCCUUCUCCUCUCGCCACUCACUCGACUCCGGCGCCACCGCCGACUCCCGUAACAUCUCCCUCAUCUCUGAGCACGUCGCCAUCAUUGUCCGCGAGAUCGAGUCCUCCCAGCGCCGCCUCCACCAGAUCGAACGCGAGCUCGCCGGCUACGACACCUUCGAUCCCGCCAAGCCCUCCCUCCCUCCCGACCUCAAGCUUUUCCUUGCUCGCCACCCCCUUCCCCUUGGCCGCGACACUCGCUCCGGCAUCACCGAGAUGGUUGCUUCCGUCGGCCACUCCUGCGCCCGCUCCCCGGCCGCCGAUCUCCUCACCCGAUACAUGUCCUACAAACCCGCCGUCCCUUGCCCACUCGACGACCCCUUCCUCUCCCAGAAACUCAUCGCAAAGGCCUGCGAGCCCCUCCCUCGCCGACGCUGUCUUUCGCGCCCAACAGUCCCCGUUGCUGCUUCUCGCCUCCCCUUUCCUCAGUCCCUCUGGAGCCCCGGCGCCAAGAACCCUGGCGCCGGCGUCUAUGGCAUCGACAAGCAAUUAUGGAUAAAACCUGGCGGAAAAAACGAUUUUUUGAUCGAUGAUGUCCUGGCUCUCGCCCGAGGCGGGAUCCGGAUCGGGUUCGACAUCGGAGGCGGAGCUGGGAACUUUGCAGCCCGCAUGGCGGAGCGGAACGUCACCAUCGUGACGUCAACCCUUGAAGUAGGGGGAAAGCAGAUGAACGAGUUCAUAGCUGCUCGGGGCCUCUUCCCUCUGUUCCUUUCCCCUGCACAGAGGUUUCCGUUCUAUGACUCGGUAUUCGAUCUGGUGCACACAAUGAAUGCCUUCGAUGAGGGUGGAGCUCCGGCGCUGGGGCAGGCAAGCCGUACCGAGGCGCUUGAAUUCUUGAUGUUUGAUAUCGAUCGUGUCCUCAGACCAGGGGGCUUCUUUUGGCUUGAUAACUACCUGUGUGCUGGCGAUGAGCAGAAGCGUCUGGUGACCAGGCUUAUGGAAAGACUUGGGUACAAGAAACUCAAAUGGGUGGUGGGUGAGAAGGCCGAAAAAAGCAGCUCGGAGAAGGCGCAAGUUUAUAUCUCCGCUGUGCUAGAGAAGCCGGUUAGAGGCUGAAGUACUGCAGCAUUGUUCGAUGGAGGAUAGGUGCUAUCACGGUAUGGAAAAUUCCAGUUAAAUUCUUUGAUCCCCAUUGUUUUGGUUCUUAUAAUGAUAUAAUUCCUUGGCUAGUUAUUUUUAUGGAAUUCAUUUAUCAAAUUACUGAAUAUUGAAUAAAGUGUAACACUGGACUGGUGUUUGUUCUCUCGUUUAAACAACUAAACUGCUUCUGGGCAGAUGUAGAGUAGCUAGGUAUCUUCUUUAGAAUUAAAGUGCUACCAUGAUCAAAUUUGUUUCCAAAACAAAGAAGAAUUAUCUAAUUCAUCUAUAGCAAAUAGCAAUAUACAUUCAUUAUUUUGUUA